AUGCCUCCUCCAAUACCAUCGCCGGUAGACGUGGGCGACAGCCAAUUGGCCUCGAGAAGAGACGGUAGCACCAAAAAUCCCACCAACGGAACAUCCGGCAGCUCUGAAUCCCAGCCUCUGCCCAUCGCAAAGCGGUCCACAACUCUGCUGUCCCGCACUCCGACGCAGCAACUACAAAAUGGAAAGGAAAGGGAAGCCAAGGGUGCGUCGGUUAGAACCAUGUCUUCAACCCCGCCGGCCUCGACGGCCCUAGACCCGUUGAGCACGCAAAUCUUCCUCAGGACCAAUAGCAACACCGUCGAGACGUCCCUUGCUCAGCGCCUGCGCGGCUCUGCCAAACCAGAUAGCCCCACGACAGAAAACUUCCCCAAGAAGAGCAUUAGUCUUGAGAAUACGGCCCGCCUGGCAAAUGGCCUGGCUGAUUUCCCCAAGGAUCGAAAGAAGGGAACGUCUUUCUUGAGCCGCCUUGCUAUGCGGAGCGCCUUCAAGAAGAACGACGACGAUGCGCCCGAUUCCGACUCCGAGCUGGGCGAGCUGCGCACCGAGGGGAGCAGCGCGCGUGCCCCAAUGUCAGUCAUGAGCGAUGGCGGCGGUUACAUCCCUCUGUACAAAGAACCCCCCCGCUAUAUCCGCGUGAGAUCGCACAACAGCAAACGCCGAGACUUUAACCGCCUCUUUUUAGCCCAGGAGCUUCUGGGGCCCAAGCCGGAGAAAGACGACGAGCCGUCGCAAGGUCGUGUGCCUGCUACUGCGGUGGGUACACGGCUUCUUAAAGCCGGUGAUGCAAUUUGGGCCGCAGAAUUCAGCAUUGAUGGUCGCUAUCUUGCUGUGGCGGGCAAGGAUCAGAUAGUUCGGGUCUUUGCCGUUCUGUCAACGGAAGAGGAGCGCAAGGCGCACGAGGAAGAGGAGGAGGCUGAAAGAGACGCUCAGGGAAAGAGUAGAGGAGAGCGACUGAGUGCGCCCGUGUUUCGAAAUAAGCCGGUUCGCGAGUUUGAGGCUCACACAGGAGAAGUGCUGGCCCUCUGCUGGAGCAAGAACAAUUUCCUCUUGUCGACAUCAAUGGACAAGACGGUGAGGCUCUGGCACGUCAGCAGACAGGAAUGCCUCGCCACGUUUACGCACCACGAUCUGGUCACAUCCAUCGCAUUCCAUCCUACCGACGACCGAUUCUUUCUUGCCGGCUCCCUGGAUGCUCAGCUCCGGCUUUGGAACAUACCAGAUAAGUCGGUAGCCUUUUCGGCCUCGACCAACGAAUUUAUUACGGCCGUAGCGUUUUCUCCCGACGGCAAAAUGGCCAUUUGCGGGGUACUGAACGGCAUGUGCUCGUUCUUUGAGACGGAGGGGCUCAAACAAAAGUUCCAGAUCCACGUUCGUUCGUCCCGAGGCAAGAACGCCAAGGGCAGCAAAAUUACAGGCAUCAAGACGGCUACGGUGGCCGGGACUGGCGAAGUAAAAGUAUUAAUCACCUCCAACGAUUCCCGCGUUCGAAUCUACAGCUUGAAGUCGCGGAUGCUGGAUGUCAAGUUUAAAGGCUUAGAGAACCAGUCUAGCCAGAUUCACGCUCGUUUCAGCGAUGAUGGGACCUAUGUCAUCUGCGGCAGUGAGGACCGGAAGGCAUACAUCUGGAACACGAAUACGACAGAGGCCGAGAUGAAGGAUCGCCAGCCAUAUGAAAGCUUUGAUGCUCACCCCGAAGUUGUCACCACCGCGCUCUUGGCACCAACGCGUACCAGGCAGCUGUUGAGCGCCUCGGGGGACCCAAUCUUUGACCUGUGCAACCCGCCGCCAGUCUUACUUCGCAGCCUGGACGAGGCCGCUCUAAGCCAAACUGAGGUAUCUGAAACGGGCACUGAGAUCCAUCAUCCGCCACCGAGCAUCAAGAAGCCAGAAGAGAGCCCGGCCUAUCUGGAACGCUGCAGGCAUCUGGAUGGCAACAUUAUAGUCACAACUGACAGGACCGGCACUAUCAAGGUAUUCCGACAAGAUUGCGCAUACGCCAAGCGCCAACAAAACAUGUGGGAGUUGGGCUCCAAAUUCUCCAGCAAGGUGAGCGGGCUGGGACGAAGUGGAAGCAUCAUCACCAGGACCAGCGGAAGUUUGUCGAGGCGAACCUCGCUCAAUCUGAGCGCAGGCCAGGCCCAGCAUCCGUCCGACCGAAUCAUGAGCUGGCGCCAAGAUGUUGACGAUGAAGGGCGAGCAAGCCUCAAUGUGGCGCCGAUUAGGACCGAACGAUCCGCUUCGCCGAGGAAAACCCCCAUCUCUCCAGUCAAUCUCCCAACGACCAAUGCCGCAGCACAAGCUCGGAAACCCGUUGUCCCAGGCGGAUCGCCAGUACGCGCGCAGAGGAAUGGUCUUGCGAGCCCCACGGGUAGCAUACGGACGCGGGCAUCAAUAGCGACCUUGGAUGGAGGGUCUCAACCGCCAACGCCGAGUUUCAAUUUUAUCAGUGUGGCAGAGAGCGACGAAAACGACAAGGAUGGUAGCUUUUGGAACCUCAGCCGGUGGAGAGGCAGCCUUUCGGGGCUCAGAUAUUCGGUCAGCGCCAGCUCCCCCACGGAACCUACUCAUGAUGCAGCUGCCGCCGCUGCCGAUGGUCAAUCUCGAAAAUCAGGAGAUUACUUAAAGCCACCCAACAGGGCAGCUAAUCGGAGGAGCAUUGGAGUCACAGACCUCAACAGGCCCAAGAUUGUGGAAGACCAAACGAACCGUAGGAGAUCAAUGGGCCCCCCUAUUCGAUCGAGCAAGUCGCAAGAGUCGACGAGCGUGGCAAUGGACAUUAUCGAUGAACACAAGUCUGAUCAGUCGUUGCCCAAGAAGCGAGCUGAUUCUGGAGUGGGGAGGAUGAGUGACGAUACAGCUGAAUGA